UAAUAAAUAAAUAUUCAUCCUUAUUUCUUUCUUUCUUUUUUUAAUUUUUUUCUCACUUUAUAUAUUCACUUUACUUUGUUCGGAAUUCUUCUUCUUCUUCUUCUUUCUCUCUGCUUCACUCUGUUUCUUCUCUGUUUUUCUUAUUCUUCUCUCUGCUUCUUUCUGAAGCUCUUUCAUUAGAAGCUUCAACAAUGGCUGACAUUACCCAUCUACCUAUGGAACAGCUUCAGGACCUUGACUACUGCUUAGACUCUAACCCUCCUUGGGCUGAAGCUGUGCUCUUAGCAUUUCAAAAUUACAUAUUGAUGCUGGGAACAAGUGUGAUGAUUCCCUCAUUGCUAGUUCAAGCCAUGGGAGGAAGUGAUGGUGACAAGGCAAGGGUGAUACAGACUCUACUCUUUGUAGCUGGAAUUAACACACUUCUUCAAGCACUUUUUGGAACAAGAUUGCCUGCAGUAGUUGGAGGUUCAUUUGCAUAUGUUUUUCCGAUUGCUUAUAUUAUCAAUGACUCGUCAUUGCAGCGAAUUACGGAUCCUCAUGAAAGAUUUACACAAACAAUGCGUGCCAUACAAGGAGCUAUGAUUGUAGCCUCAAGUAUUCAGAUAAUCCUUGGUUACAGCCAAGUAUGGGGACUCUUUUCAAGAUUUUUUAGUCCUCUUGGCAUGGCACCCGUUGUUGGAUUGCUUGGAUUAGGAUUAUUUCAACGCGGAUUUCCUGUGUUGGGAAACUGUGUAGAAAUUGGUAUACCAAUGCUGCUGUUGGUAAUUGGAUUGUCACAAUACUUAAAGCAUGUGAGGCCAUUUAGAGAUAUCCCUAUAUUUGAACGUUUUCCGGUGUUGAUUUGUGUUCCAAUCAUCUGGAUUUACGCCGUAAUCUUGACAGCGAGUGGAGCUUACCGGCAUAAACCUGUUAGAACACAACACAGUUGUCGUACUGACAAAGCGAAUUUGAUAUCCACUGCUCCAUGGUUCAUGUUCCCAUACCCUCUCCAAUGGGGUGCACCUACAUUUUCGGCUGGCCAUUCAUUUGCUAUGAUGUCUGCAGUUCUUGUCUCCAUGGUGGAGUCAACUGCUGCAUACAAGGCGGCAUCUCGGUUAGCAAUUGCCACUCCACCUCCUGCUUUUGUGCUGAGUCGCGGCAUUGGUUGGCAGGGAAUUGGCAUCAUGCUUGAUGGCCUUUUUGGAACUGGGACAGGUUCUACUGUUUCUGUGGAAAAUGUGGGACUCCUAGGACUAACGCGAGUAGGAAGUCGCAGAGUUGUUCAGAUAUCUGCUGGUUUCAUGAUAUUCUUCUCUAUGCUGGGGAAGUUUGGUGCUGUGUUUGCAUCCAUACCUUUCCCAAUAUUUGCUGCAUUAUACUGCAUUCUCUUUGGCCUUGUUGCUUCGGUUGGAAUAUCAUUUCUUCAGUUCACAAACAUGAACUCCAUGAGAAACCUUAUCAUCAUUGGCCUCACAUUGUUCCUUGGAAUAUCUGUGCCUCAAUUUUUCAAUCAGUAUUGGAAUCGACACGGCCUUGUUCAUACGAAUGCCGGAUGGUUCAAUGCAUUCUUAAAUACCAUAUUCUCAUCACCAGCAACAGUUGGUUUGAUAGUAGCAGUGUUCCUUGACAACACUAUUGAAGUUGAAAGAUCAAAGAAAGAUAGAGGGAUGCCAUGGUGGGUCAAGUUUAGAACUUUUAGAGGAGACAACAGAAAUGAGGAGUUCUACACUUUGCCAUUCAAUCUCAACAGAUUCUUUCCACCUACUUGA